CGGGCGGGGAUGGGGUCCCAGACGCUGCAAAUCCUCCGGCAGGGGGUGUGGGCCGCGCUUAGCGGCGGCUGGUACUACGACCCGCACCAAGGCACCUUCGUGAACGCGCUGCACCUCUACCUGUGGCUAUUCCUGCUCGGCCUGCCCUUCACCCUCUACAUGGCCCUUCCUUCUUCCAUGAUUAUAGUAGCAGUUUACUGUCCAAUGAUAGCUGCUAUCUUCAUUGUUCUGAAGAUGGUCAAUUACCGCCUGCACAGAGCACUUGAUGAAGGAGAAGUUAUAGAGAAGAAUGCUAAUGAACUCACUGAUCGGGGAAUCAAGCCAGAAAAAGAUAGCUGUUCAACCAGGAGAAAAGAUAGCAAUGGACCUAGUGACCCUGGUGGAGGUAUUGAAAUGUCUGAGUUUAUUCGAGAGGCUACACCCCCAGUUGGUUGCAGUUCACGAAAUUCUUAUGCUGGUCUAGACCCAAGCAAUCAGAUUGGAUCUGGCUCACCUCAGCUUGGAACAGAGGCAGUCAUUAAAGGAGAUACAGACACUGCCAAGACUUCUGAUGAUAUUAGUUUAAGCCUUGGACAGAGUUCUAGUUUGUGUAAAGAAGGAAGUGAAGACCAAGAUUUGGCAGCUGAUCGGAAGCUUUUCCAUCCAGUCUCCAAUGAUUCCUUCAUCUCUAUCCAGCCUUCAUUAUCUUCUUGUGGACAGGACUUACCAAGGGACUUCAAUGACAAAGCAAGCUCCCCAAAUCACCACCAUCAUGUGGAUCAAUCUCUGUCUAAUGCCUGUGACACAGAAGUAGCUUCUCUUGUACCAUUGCAUUCACAUUCUUAUAGGAAAGACCACCGGCCUCGAGGUGUUCCAAGAACCUCUAGCUCUGCUGUAGCUUUUCCAGAUGCAUCUCUAAAUGACUUUCCCCUCUAUCAGCAAAGGCGGGGUCUGGAUCCAGUCAGUGAGUUAGAAGGUUCCAAACCUCAUUCAGGAUCCAAAGAAUCUUUAGGAGAAAAUUCUUGUUUAUCUGGGGAUUUUCAGCUUCGUGGUGAAGUGAAAAGCUGCAGCCCACAGCCUCUUGCAAAAAGUGGAAAGAAUAAACCUUUGAAAGCAGACAAAAGUGUAGACAGCUUAAGGAGCCUGAGUACGAGGAGUAGUGGCUCAACAGAAAGCUAUUGCAGUGGAACUGAUCGGGAUACUAACAGUACCAUUAGCAGCUAUAAAAGUGAACAGACUAGUUCAACUCACAUAGAAAGUAUCUUAUCAGAGCAUGAUGAUUCUCCUAGAGGAGGAAAAAAGAAUGGUAAGAAAAAAGAGAUCUUUAUUAACCAAGAGGAAGAUAGUAGCUAUACCAGUGAUAACAGGACUAGCAGUGAAAUGACUGCUUUGAAAUUGAGUACAAAUAGUGAUGUACAGGAAGCCACAGAUUCCAAUGCCUUAGAUGAUGUACAUAGUCAGAAGGGUCUUAGUACCUCUGCAUCUGAAGAAGCUAAUAAAAAUCCUCAUGCAAAUGAAUUUACUACACAAACAGACAAGACUGUUGGAAAAACUGACAAAAGAGAAGAGCAGAGUGAUAAAUCAACUGUUUCAGUUGACUCAAGACUUUGUAAGGAUAUUAGUGGAAAACAAAAGGAAGGAGACGUGCGCCCUAAGUCCUCAAGCUUAAUCUACCGCACAGCCUCUGCUCACAAGUCAGGCAGGAGACGAACAGGAAAAAAGAGAGCUAGCAGUUUUGAUUCAAGUCGUCACAGGGAAUAUGUUUCUUUUCGAGGUAUAUCUGCUACCAAACCUCACAGUGCUAUAUUUUGUCAUGAUGAGGACUCAAGUGAUCAAAGUGAUUUGAGUAGAACUUCAAGCAUGCAAUCAGCUCAUCAGUUCAGCAGUGAUAGCUCUUCCAGUACCACCUCCCAUUCAUGUCAAUCUCCUGAAGGAAAGUACAGUGCUUUAAAGACCAAAUACAUUAAUAAAGAAAGAAGUGCUGAUUCUGAACAUACACACAAGGCUCAUGUGGGUCCUGACGGAACUAACAAAAAGCGCUCAUCACGUCGGACUAAUAGCACAAACAGUACCAAGAGCCGUGCCCGAGUAUUGAGCCUAGACAGUGGUACUGUUGCAUGUUUGAAUGAUGCAAAUAGGCUAAUGGCACCAGGGAGCAUUAAACCACUAACUACUUCAAAAUCAGAUCUUGAGGCCAAAGAAGGAGAAGUACUAGAUGAACUAUCUUUAUUGGGAAGGGCUUCACAGUUAGAAUCAGUCACUCGAUCUAGGAAUAGUUUGCCAAGCCAGGUUACUUUUCCUGAAGGGGAAGAGCAAGAUGCCACAAGUGGAGCAGCACAGGACAGCGAGGAGAUGGUUACAUUUCGCCGUGAACGCAGCACAUUUAGGCGUCAGGCAGUACGGCGCAGGCACAAUGCAGGGAGUAACCCUACCCCUCCUACAUUGCUCUUCGGAUCACCCCUCAGCCUUCAAGAUGGUCAGCAAGGCCAGCAGUCCACAGUCCAGGUCAAAGUCCAGUCCCGUCCCCCUUCCCAGGCUGCAGUGCUCAGUGCUAGUGCCUCCUUGCUGGUGAGAAAUGGGAGUGUCCACUUAGAAGCAUCACAUGACAAUGCAUCUGCUGUAGGCGUUAGCAGUUUGCAUCAUGAACUUGGUAUGCAGGCCUUAUGUAACCUUGGUGACAUGGAAGUUUUAAUGCAGCAGAUAAUGGGUAAGUUCUCUUCUACACUUUAUGAGACUGGUGGCUGUGACAUGUCACUUGUGAAUUUUGAACCAGCAGCAAGAAGAGCAUCCAACAUCUGUGACACGGACUCUCAUGUAUCCAGUUCUACCUCAGUUCGAUUUUAUCCCCAUGAUGUGCUCUCUCUUCCCCAGAUUCGAUUGAAUAGACUGUUGACCAUUGAUCCAGAUUUGUUGGAGCAACAAGAUAUAGAUUUAAGCCCUGAUCUUCAGGAACAUAUGCCACCACAAGAAGAAGCUGCCCAAAAAAUAGAACACUACUAUCGUUUUUGGAUUCUGCCCCAACUUUGGAUUGGCAUUAACUUUGACAGACUUACUCUUUUAGCCCUGUUUGAUAGGAAUCGUGAGAUACUAGAAAAUGUGUUGUCUGUCAUCCUGGCUAUUCUUGUUGCUUUUUUGGGAUCUGUCCUCCUUAUACAAGGCUUUUUUAGGGACAUCUGGGUCUUCCAGUUCUGCCUCGUGAUAGCCAGUUGUCAGUACUCACUACUUAAGAGUGUUCAGCCAGAUUCUUCUUCACCUAGACAUGGUCACAAUCGUAUCAUAGCCUAUAGUAGACCAGUUUAUUUCUGUUUGUGUUGUGGUCUCAUUUGGCUCCUGGAUUAUGGUAGCAGAAACCUUCCCACAACAAGGUUCAAGUUAUAUGGAAUGGCUUUCACCAAUCCACUGCUGCUUAUGUCUGCCAGGGAUUUAGUUAUAGUGUUCACACUAUGUUUCCCCAUAGUAUUCUUUGUUGGGCUCCUGCCUCAGGUGAAUACAUUUGUGAUGUACCUCUGUGAACAAUUGGAUAUUCAUGUUUUUGGUGGCAAUGCUACCACAAGCUUGCUUGCAGCACUUUACAGUUUCAUCUGUAGUAUUGUGGCAGUAGCAUUAUUGUAUGGACUAUGUUAUGGUGCUCUAAGGGAUUCUUGGGAUGGCCAACAUAUUCCUGUACUUUUCUCUGUGUUUUGUGGUUUGUUAGUGGCGAUAUCCUAUCAUCUAAGCAGACAAAGUAGUGAUCCCUCUGUACUUUUCUCUUUGGUGCAAUCAAAAAUUUUUCCAAAUACAGAAGAGAAAAAUCCAGAGGAUCCUCUCUCAGAAGUAAAAGACCCGCUGCCUGAAAAACUAAGAAAUUCUGUUAGUGAGCGAUUACAAUCUGACCUCAUAGUUUGCAUAGUGAUUGGUGUGCUGUAUUUUGCAAUUCAUGUAAGCACAGUGUUCACAGUUUUACAGCCUGCUCUGAAGUAUGUUCUCUAUACCUUGGUGGGCUCAGUAGGUUUUUUAACCCAUUACAUGCUGCCUCAAGUCCGGAAGCAGCUACCUUGGCAUUGUUUCUCUCACCCACUGCUGAAAACCAAGGAAUAUUACCAAUUUGAAGUUCGAAAUGCAGCCCAUAUUAUGUGGUUUGAGAAACUUCAUGUAUGGCUUAUUUUUGUGGAGAAGAAUGUUAUCUACCCAUUGAUCGUUCUUAAUGAGCUCAGUAGCAGUGCAAAGACUAUUGCUAGUCCUAAGAAACUGGAUACUGAGUUAGGCGCUUUAAUGAUCACCAUUGCUGGUUUGAAGUUGCUACGUUCUUCUUUCAGCAGUCCAACUUGUCAGUAUGUCACCGUCAUCUUCACUGUGCUCUUUUUCAAAUUUGAUUAUGAGGCUUUGUCAGAGACAAUGCUAUUAGAUCUCUUCUUCAUGUCCAUAUUCUUCAACAAGCUUUGGGAACUUCUAUAUAAGUUGCGGUUUGUGUAUACUUAUAUUGCACCAUGGCAGAUUACAUGGGGCUCUGCUUUUCAUGCUUUUGCUCAGCCUUUUGCUGUGCCUCAUUCAGCUAUGUUAUUUGUCCAGGCUGCUAUAUCUGCCUUCUUCUCAACUCCACUAAACCCUUUUUUGGGGAGUGCAAUAUUCAUCACUUCAUAUGUUCGACCAGUCAAAUUCUGGGAGAGAGAUUACAACACAAAGCGUGUGGAUCAUUCAAACACCAGGUUGGCUUCUCAGCUUGAUAGAAAUCCAGGAUCAGAUGACAACAAUCUGAAUUCCAUCUUUUAUGAGCAUUUAACCCGUUCCUUACAGCAUAGUCUAUGUGGAGAUUUACUGCUUGGGCGAUGGGGAAACUACAGUACUGGGGACUGUUUCAUUCUUGCUUCUGAUUAUCUCAAUGCAUUGGUCCAUCUUAUAGAAAUAGGCAAUGGUCUUGUCACUUUCCAACUGAGGGGACUUGAAUUUAGAGGUACUUACUGCCAACAACGAGAAGUAGAAGCCAUUACUGAAGGAGUAGAUGAAGAUGAUGGCUUUUGUUGCUGCGAACCUGGUCAUCUUCCCCACAUGCUCUCCUUUAACGCUGCAUUUAGUCAACGCUGGCUAGCUUGGGAGGUUCUUGUUACCAAAUAUGUGCUGGAAGGCUACAGCAUCACUGACAAUAGUGCAGCUUCUAUGCUGCAAGUGUUUGAUCUUCGGAAAAUACUCACCACAUAUUAUGUUAAAGGUAUCAUCUAUUAUGUUACAACCUCCUCCAAACUAGAAGAAUGGCUGGCCAAUGAGACAAUGCAGGAAGGACUGCGCUUAUGUGCUGACCGCAAUUAUGUUGAUGUAGACCCUACAUUUAAUCCAAAUAUUGAUGAAGAUUAUGAUCAUCGACUAGCGGGCAUAUCCAGAGAAAGUUUUUGUGUGAUUUAUCUCAACUGGAUUGAAUAUUGCUGUUCUCGAAGAGCAAAGCCACUAGAUGCAGAUAAAGAUUCUUCCCUAGUAACUCUUUGUUAUGGACUCUGUGUUCUGGGGCGAAGAGCUUUAGGCACUGCUGCUCACCAUAUGUCUAGUAAUUUGGAGUCGUUCCUGUAUGGCUUACAUGCCUUGUUUAAGGGAGACUUCCGUAUUUCUUCAAUCAGAGAUGAAUGGAUCUUUGCUGACAUGGAAUUACUAAGAAAAGUGGUAGUCCCCGGAAUCCGCAUGUCACUUAAACUUCAUCAGGAUCAUUUUACUUCUCCAGAUGAAUAUGAUGACCCUACUGUUCUUUAUGAAGCCAUCAUGUCUCAUGAACAAAAUCUGGUAAUAGCUCAUGAAGGGGACCCUGCUUGGAGAAGUGCAGUCCUUUCUAACUCUCCAUCCCUACUUGCUCUACGCCAUGUAAUGGAUGAUGGAACCAAUGAAUAUAAGAUCAUCAUGCUCAAUAAGCGCUACCUGAGCUUCAGAGUUAUCAAAGUAAAUAAAGAAUGUGUUCGUGGCCUUUGGGCAGGACAACAACAGGAACUAGUUUUCUUACGCAACCGUAAUCCAGAAAGAGGUAGCAUCCAAAAUGCAAAGCAAGCUCUAAGAAAUAUGAUUAAUUCAUCAUGUGAUCAGCCUAUUGGUUACCCCAUAUAUGUUUCACCCCUGACAACAUCAUACUCUGACAGCCAUGAACAGUUAAAGGACAUUCUUGGUGGUCCUAUCAGUCUGGGAAAUAUCAGAAACUUUGUAAUAUCAACCUGGCACAGGUUAAGGAAAGGUUGUGGAGCUGGCUGUAAUAGUGGUGGGAACAUUGAAGAUUCAGAUGCAGGAGGUGGAACUUCCUGCCCUAAUAAUAAUGCAACAAGUGCCAAUGAACCUCAUAGCAAUGUGCUGCAAGGAGGCAAUGGAAAUUCAGGACAAGGGCCUGGAACUGGGCUCUACCCUCCUGUCACAUCUCACCUUCCAACACUUGGUACCAGCCACAGCUCCCACUCUGUACAAUCAAGUCUGGUUAGGCAUUCUCCUGCUCGUGCCUCAGUUGCCAGUCAAUCCUCCUACUGCUAUAGCAGCCGUCAUUCAUCCCUCCGAAUGUCCACUACGGGAUUUGUGCCUUGCCGGCGCUCUUCCACCAGUCAGAUUUCCCUUCGUAACUUACCAUCAUCCAUCCAGUCCCGCCUUUCCAUGGUGAACCAAAUGGAACCAACUAACCAGACUGGUCUGGCCAGUAUGCAGUAUGGCCUUCCAUCUUCCAGCAGCUCCAGCCAAAGCAUCCCAGCCUGCAAACAUGCUCUUGUGGGUUUUCUAGGGACAGAAGGAGGACAGAAUAUUGCUGCUGAUUCACAAUCAGGUAGCAAUUUAAGUCCUGCCAACAAUCCACAAGCCAAAAAGGGAGAUGUGAUUUACAGAAUCCAAAUUGUGGAUCCCAGUCAGAUUUUGGAAGGGAUCAACCUGUCCAAAAGGAAGGAGCUGCAGUGGCCAGAUGAAGGAAUACGGUUAAAAGCUGGGAGGAAUAGCUGGAAAGACUGGACUCCUCAGGAAGGCAUGGAAGGACAUGUGAUUCACCGAUGGGUGCCUUGCAGCAGAGAUCCAGGUAGUAGAUCCCAUAUAGACAAGACUAUCCUGUUGGUCCAAAUUGAUGACAAAUAUGUUGCUGUGAUCGAAACUGGAGUUCUAGAACUUGGGGCUGAAGUGUAAAUCUGUGUUUCACGACUACAUUUCAUCUCUUCUUCCCUCAAUCCCAAGACUGGAAAAGGCACGGAGGGACUAGGAGAAGAAUCGCCCAGGAAUCACUUCAGGCCUGGGAGGACUUGACAAAUAGAAUGGGCUUAGACAAGCCGCUUUCUCCCCUCCCCCUCACUCCUGCCACUAUUUCCAUUCCCCAAAAAAGUUAAAAUAUUUUUUUAAGUUCGCUGCUGAGGAAACAUUUUGCAUGAAGGAUAAAGAUUUUAUUAAGAAGCAUCUCUUUAAAAAAAAAAAAGAAACUUUUUCUAUGCAUUGCAUAUGCUUUAAAUCAACAAACUCUUCAUUUCUAAAAUAUGAACUCAUCAUAUUUUUCUAAUUUAUUUGCCAAAAAUAAUUGCUAUGUUUGGUCACAGAACAUAUGAAAUCCACUUACCUUAAUUUUUAAAAAUCAACUUGUGUACAAACUUUCAGUUCAACCUAAAGCAGUAUAGAAGUUUAAUGCAUAGUAAGAGACUAUGAACAGACAGAUUUAUCUUAUUCCUUGUGAGCUAAAAACUUUAAUGAGAAAACUGCACUAAUUUUUUUACAGCAAUGCACUAAAAAGUCUGAGAUUGCUCAGAACAUUUAUUUAUAUAUAUAAUAUAUAUAUAUAUAUAUAUGAUUAAAAAACCAUUAUUUAAAUUGCCUCUGGGAUUUGCCCUCUCCCUUUCCACAUAAUCACAGAUGGCAGGAGCAAUGUUGCUCAUCCUUUCUUGGUUGGUUCAGUAGUUAGAUUUCAUAUCAAUGCAUUUGUUGUUUCCUUUAUAUGAAAUACUAAAUCUUGAGAUGAACCUAGCUAUAUAUUGGCAUUGCUUCCCAAAGCCAUUUUUUGUGGUGCAUUCAGUAAUGUGAACACUACUGCCAAUUACUGUGUCCACAUCAAGGAUGAGCACCCAGUACAGUAGGAAAGAUCCUGUUUUUUAACAGAAGUCUUAGAGAUUCUGCUCCUCAUCAGUUAGGUUAGUAUCAGUUUCCAAGAGAAAACACUUAAUUUUUCAAGGGGAGGACAAAUCUCAAAAGAGCUGAAUGACUAGAGUGUAGUACUUAAGGGCCUCAUAAAGAUAUCUUGAAAGCAUUCGGCUUCAAUUCAAUAAUUUAUCCAAGUAAAAAAACUUUUUUAAAACAAAAUUAUACAGAUGGUGCAGCCCUUAUUAUCAAAUCACCCUUAAUUACCUUGCCUUUUAUUUUCCUUUUCUCUUCAUUCUUUUUCUAUUACUUGAAUUUUGUUUUCUAUGGUUAUAUAUUCUGUAUAACUGUAAUUUUGAAUAUUUAUAACUGUGAAGUUGACUUAAUUCAUGUGUUGUCACAUAUCCUAGUUUUUAUUAGGUUUUCUAAUGUGUGUAUUCAGGGAUAUGCGUAACUUAAGCUUAUGGUAGGUUGGGUGGGAGUUGCAGCUUAGAUUUAAUUUGCAGUUCUUAAUAUUCUUAUCUAACUCCAUUAGCAAAACUCCCCUUUUGUGAGUUUUUCCUCUUUUGAUAUGAGCGACUCUGUGAAGGAUACUGCAUAUAGGCUUAUCAUUUGGAAGCAGCCAUCUUUCUACCUCCAUAUGAUCUGACAGUUUAAAUUGUCUUGGGAGGAGGUAUGAUUGUUCCCCUCGGGCACUGAAAUGCCUCACAAAGAAAAUCUUGGAGUAAAUAUUUCUGGGAUGAAAAUUAAUGAAUUAAUACAAAGUAUUAUUGCCGUUCUGCUAAAAGGACCCAUCUGCUUUAACUCAGAAUUAUUUCUGAACUAAAAGGCAUCUUAUUUGAAUACCCUAUAUACUGCAUUCGGUUUUUAAGUUAGUACACCUUAAAAUUACCUUUCAGAAUUAUAUAUUCUUUAAUGGCAUAUCAGCUGUACUAUUGAAAUCAUAUAUAAGUUGAAUUUUUUCCGACAAAUUUUUGCAUAGCCUGACAUUUCUGAAUUGUUUGCUCAUUAUUUCCCUGAUACAUAUAUUAUAACAUUUAUAAAUUAGCUUUAUGUAAGUAAGGCACACCAUCAAAAUUUAGUGUUGAUCCCUUUUGCCGCAAGAAUAAGGAUUUGUGCAUUCUCAUUUUGAAAUGUAUGUAGUCCUCUUCGUUGAUGGUUAAGAAUAAGGCUUAAGGAUAAAAGAAAGAUAAGUCCAGGUUUAGCGCGAGUUUUCUGAUUUGUGCUCAUGAAAGAAUUUAAUGUGUAGUGUAAUCAAGAGCUGGAUAAAUUUUUUUUCUAGAAAAAUAUUAAAUUAUCAUAAUAGCAACUUCAAAAGAAGUCUCAAGUGCAAUAUAGUAAUAUUUUAUUUCAAGAGAAAAAAUUUAUGUUUUUCAUCUUCAAGAGUUAGAUUUUGUUAGAAUAUAAUCCAUUGGUAUAAAGAACCAAGAAUUGUUGAUCCUAAAAAAAAACCUCUUUUAAGUGAAGCAAAGUUAUACAUAAUAAAAGCCCGCUCUUUUCCAUUUGAAAAACCUGAUCUCAGAAUUUUAUAAAUUGGAAUACCUUUAAUGUUCAUUUCCUCAGUGGUAUUUUCUCCAGUUUGUACAAGUGACUUAUAACUUGGCAUAAUUCUACCACCAGUAGUUAUGAUAAAUUCUUUUACAUCGGGUAAUUGUAAUUUAGAAAUUCUCUAGUGUAAAAAGGGGGAAAGUUGAGUUAUUUUUCUUAUUUUUAAUCCUCAAAAGGGCAUUCUAUUUUGUGUGCCCUCUUAACCUUUUUCAUUGAUGCUCAAAAUAUGUACAAGAUCCUAGACUGCAGGAAGCUAUUUUGUGACUUUUAUGUUUAAAUUACUUACAACUUAGUUAUUAUAUGUGAAAGAGUUUUAGAGACCCAUAUUUUGAGAGUAUGAAAUUUAUAUGGUAUGUAAACCUUUGUAAUUCAUAGAAAUUACAAGCGUAUCUUUGGUGUCUGCUUUUCAGCUCCUUUUCUAUCAUGUGGUGUAUUGAAUGGUUUAUGAUUUGUUAAGUUUUUCUUCUAGAAUAGCCCUAGUAGGAAACCUCUAAAUGAAUAUACAGGUUCACUUUCAUGUUCUUAAGUCAGUAUGAUCCUUCCUUUUUUUAAAAUGUAAUAUCUAUAAAGACCUUACACGAUUACUUUUCACUAAAGAAAGUUAAUCUUUCUAAAUCUAAUUCAUGUAUCCUUUUUCCAAAUAUAAAACACUGACAAAUUUUAAAGACUUAGAGGGAAAAGGGUAGGGGGACAUAUCAGUCUAAGAAUUUUUCCUUUCAUUUUACCAAAAGUCAUGAAGUUAUAACCUACCUUCACUGCAUUUCUUAUAUUGGAAAAGAAAAAGAGUAAUAGAAGGGAAUAUGAAGUACUAUCAGUACUUAUCCAUAUUGAGGUAAAGAAAGCUAUGUAGACUAUGUGCCAAACCAUGAAAGUAGUAGUUUCUGGGAAAAAAAAAAAUCUAACUUAUUGAACAGAUAUACUUUUCCUUAUACUUUUUGAGUUUCUGGUUUAGUGGUAAGUUUCUCCAACAUCCAACUUUAGUGAAUUUUUAAAGACUCAUCAAAUAAUGAGGCACACAUCUUAACUUUAAUAGAUGGUACUUGUGUCAACUAAGCAUCAAUUCUGCAUCCACCUUGGAAUGUAAAUUGAUGGAUUGCUUUAUUGGAUCAUUAAUUAAAAUCCUGAGGCAUUUCUAUGUGUGAUUUAUCUAGUGCCUGAAAAGAUGUCUUAUGCUAUUCGUUGACUUUAAAAUGUCUACCAGAUGGAUUUAUUAUUUACUACUGCGAUUUAUUUACGUUAUUCUUCCAGGGAUAUUGUUUGCCCUUGUCAAUUGUUAUUAUUCUUGUAUUGCUUUAAUUUAUUUAUCCUUUCAUGAAUGUGGACAAAUUUAGGUCUUAUAAAAGAAUAGAUAUUCAUGCUAAUAGAAGUGUUUGACAUAUUCCUACUUUCAUCAUGUGAGAUGAUCAUAAAAAAAAAGUUACUGGAAUUAUUAAUUAUAUUGUUUGGACAUGGUCCCACUAGUGAUUUAUCAUUGAUGUAAUUCAUUGUCAUAUUGGAUCUAAAAAUCAUUUUUUUAUGAUUUCUGAAGGCUUUUACUUGAAUUUUAAUUAUGUAGACAUUUUAUAUCUUUAUAUAUAUAUACACACACACCCCCACAUGUAUGUGUAUAUCUUACUUUAAAAAGUCAUUGAAUUAUGUAAAUUCACUUUUCAGUCUUAUAUGGAAUUGGAGGUUUGUUGAGGUCAGGGUUUGGAUUACUCAAGAUAAUAAGGCAUCACUGAAUGAAGAGAAUAUAUUGUUUCUUUAGCCCAAACUUCAGAUCUCUAUUUUCUAAGGAACAAAAAGCCAAACGUUUUAUUAUUUUGUUCCUUUCACUCCUUUCCAUCCCAUAAAAGUCUGAAUGAUAUGUUUCCAAAUUUUCUUAUUUCAAAUUGGUUAAAUGUUUAGCUAAAAGCUCUAAAUGGAAAGGAAUUAAAUGUGCAACUAGUAUAUAGUGUUUGUUAACUUUGCCUUGAAAGCUAAGCUACACUGUUAAUCUUUUCAACAAUGUCACUUUUCUGGGAUAUGUAUCUAUUUCUCCAAUAUUGUUUAAAUGGACCACAUAUCUUUCCUAAACUAGGUGAAUAAUUUCUGAUUUUGAAAUGAAUGCCAUAUCUUCUAAAUUGUAGAAGACUUUAUAUUAAGACUUUCAAAAAUUGGGAGAAACCAGAGCAGAUUAAGAACACCAGUGUUAUAUGACAACUUUGUUUCAAGCUUUUUUACCUAUUAUAUAGGGUUAUAUCUAUUCUCUUAUUAUCUUCAUUAUGCUCCAUACUUAAUGGCUUUUGACUUGGUAGAGCCAAACUGGAAAAAAUGAAGGUCAUGUAGCACAAGGGUGAGAAUGAACUGCUAAUUGUUGUUCCCCCAGUUUAGGACUUGUUCUGUUUUCAAAAUAAAGAAAUAGAUAUAAAGGAUGGCUGCUCCAAAUGAGCUUCAGGGCUUAGUAUCGUUAAGUUUCAUAAGCCUUCAGAAUGUAAAGCUUGAUUUCACAAUUGAAAAAUAGAAAUGGGGAAAAAUCAUGUCUGCUUUUUUGCUUUUUAAAAAACUCACCAUGUAAGUAAAACUGCAUUCUUAAAUUGAACACAUUAACCUUAUGUAUGAGCUUUAUAUGAGGAAAUGGAAGAAGGAAUAUAUAAAGUAGCAUAGUAGGAAGGAAGGUGUAAGAGCAAAAUAAUGGAUUUACUUUUUCUGAUAAUGGGCUCUGAAAAGUAUAUAUUGCCUCUACCAGCAUAUGGAUAUUGAUUGGAAAUAGGGAUAUAUGUACUCAUGUGUGUCUGUGAGUGUGUCUGCGUGUGUGUUAUUGGAAACAGCCUGUAAAUAUUGUAGUUGUUUUAAAUGGAAAAUAAAAGCUGAGGUUUUUUUGUUUUUGUUUUUGUUUUGCAAAUGUGUUGCAACAAAAGGACAGUAUUGACAGUGGGUAAAACACUGAGGAAAUAAAUUUUUUUUUCAUUUUU